CUGGCCGCUCCGCUCCGCUCCUGCUCCGCCGGCUCUGCCCCCGCAGCCUUCCGCUCCAGGACCCGCGCUCUCUCCACCCUCGGUUUCCACUUGGCCUUUGUUUCCUCGCUGCCUCCCGUACCCUGGCUGUGCCGGCACACAUGCCGUGCUUGCUGCGCCCCUCCGUCCCCCUGGGGCAGUGGGAGCACCCAGGAGCCGGGGACGGCGGGGUGGCGGUGGCGGCCCACCAUGGCCUCUGAAGCGGAGAGCUGCCAGCUGCCCAGGCUUUGACGCUGGGGCUGCAGGAGAGGGGACUCGCCUUGGUUCCCAGUGACCUGACGGCAGAGGAGCGUCAGGAACUGGAGAAUAUCCGGCGGAGAAAGCAGGAGCUGCUGGCCGACAUUCAGAGGCUCAAGGAUGAGAUAGCAGAGGUAGCUAAUGAAAUUGAAAACCUCGGGUCCACAGAAGAAAGGAAAAACAUGCAGAGGAACAAACAGGUGGCCAUGGGCAGGAAAAAAUUUAACAUGGACCCUAAAAAGGGGAUCCAAUUCUUAAUAGAGAAUGACCUGCUGAAGAACACCUGUGAAGACAUCGCCCAGUUCUUGUACAAAGGGGAAGGCCUCAACAAAACUGCCAUUGGUGACUACCUGGGGGAGAGAGACGAGUUUAAUAUCCAGGUUCUUCAUGCAUUUGUGGAGUUACAUGAGUUCACUGACCUUAACCUUGUCCAGGCACUACGGCAGUUCCUGUGGAGCUUCCGGCUACCGGGAGAGGCCCAGAAGAUUGACCGGAUGAUGGAGGCAUUUGCACAGCGCUACUGCCAGUGUAAUAAUGGGGUGUUCCAGUCCACAGACACUUGUUACGUCCUCUCAUUUGCCAUCAUCAUGUUGAACACCAGCCUGCACAACCCCAAUGUCAAGGAUAAGCCCACUGUGGAAAGGUUCAUCGCCAUGAAUCGUGGCAUCAAUGAUGGGGGGGACCUGCCCGAGGAGCUGCUCCGGAAUCUGUAUGAGAGCAUAAAAAACGAACCCUUUAAAAUCCCAGAAGAUGAUGGGAAUGACCUCACUCACACUUUCUUCAAUCCAGACCGGGAAGGCUGGCUAUUGAAACUCGGUGGCAGGGUCAAGACUUGGAAAAGACGCUGGUUUAUUCUCACUGACAACUGCCUUUACUACUUUGAAUAUACGACGGAUAAGGAGCCCCGUGGAAUUAUCCCUUUAGAGAAUCUGAGUAUCCGGGAGGUGGAGGACUCCAAAAAACCAAACUGCUUUGAGCUUUACAUCCCUGACAACAAAGACCAAGUCAUCAAGGCCUGCAAGACGGAGGCUGACGGGCGGGUGGUGGAAGGAAACCACACCGUGUACCGGAUCUCGGCCCCGACGCCCGAAGAGAAGGAGGAGUGGAUUAAGUGCAUCAAAGCAGCCAUCAGCAGGGACCCUUUCUACGAGAUGCUAGCGGCGCGGAAGAAGAAGGUCUCCUCCACGAAAAGACACUGAGUCUGCACAGCGAGCGGUGCCAGCGUGCAAGGCGUGAGAGGCCCUGGGUUCCUUCCCCGUCCCCCCCACGGACGGGGGGGUGGGCUGCCGAGCAGGGGUGUCACCUGCUGGGCGUCACCCUGAAUUCCUAGAGACUGGCUUCAGCUUUGCUAUUCAUUUUAAGUGGGAGAAGGGUAGGCAGUUAGCGCCGGGGAGAGGGAUCUGACGCCCGUCAGGCGAGCCUCUCUCUAAAAAGAUCAGAGCCCCUGUCAGCACAUCAGCCUCCUUCCUGCAAGUCUCUCGCUCAGCAGGUCUGAUAGCAGAGCCCGAAGCCGACUGUUUACCUCUUGGUUAUUUCCCUGUGAAGAAGCCUUCAACCCUGCACCAUAAAUACACGUAUCGAUAUAUUAUUACUCUAUGUUAAGAAAGAAGUGGAAUGGAAGAGAAGCCACGUACUAUAAAGAUAUAUUUUUGUUUUUUAAAGAGAGAAAAAGAUAAAGUAGAGCCGUUCGGAGGCAUCCUGCCUGGUCCGGGGUGGGGGCUCCCUGGGCAGCCGCUGGGGUCCCCCCCCCCGCCCCGGGCCGCUGGCGGGAGCCGGCUUCCCAGCAGCUGGAGGGCCGGCCGGGCCGCGGGAGAGGCGUGGGCACGGGCGGGCACAGGCGGGCAGGCCGCUCCGGCUCUCCGCUCCCUGCGCUGGGGGCGCCGAGGCCGAGGAGAACCGCUGGACACUCGCACUGUCUUUUCUCUUUCCGAGUUCCUUCUUGUUGGGCUUUAAGACGCAAAGUCAGCAUUUUCCCUUGAGCUUAAAAACCCAGUAACCAAAACUGUGAGGCAGGCAGGCCCGGCCGAGGCUCGGGACGGUUUCCUGCUCGGUUCCUCCUCCUCCCCCAGAGCUACAGUCCUCGUUUUAGAGGAAGGAGCAGGUCUUAUCACCUUAGGUCUUCAGCUUUUUCUGCCUCAAAACUGGCCCUGACCUGGACCGCUGUGGGCGCGCUGGGGCGGGGGCCAGACGGGAAGGGGCCGCCGCUGCCCAGGGGGGCACGGCCGCCUCGUGUCCUUCCCUCCCGCCAAGGCCUGUGUGCGGGCUGGCCUCACGCCUCCUACCUUGCGGUGUGAAGGGAGCCACGACACGCGGCGUCCUCCUGCCGUUCUCUCAGGGACUCUCGGGGCCGCUCCUGCCACCGUCCAGGCCGCGCGCCGGUGCGGGCAGAGGGGUCCGGCCCGGGCCAUCCCGGCGCCCCCGUGCCGCCCGGGGCCAGGUGGGGCCUGCGAAGGCGAAGGGUGGCCGGUCCUCUCGGGCACCGUGACCCCGGCCCCUCCGCCACCCCCAGGGCCGCCUGGCUCUCUGCAGAGGACUUAAGUGAAAGGGCGUGACGGGGUGCCGGCCAGGGUGCUCUCCGGGGCCCCCUUCACACAAGGUCCUACCUGGAGCGGCCACGGGCGUGUUCCUGCCGGAGCCCCAGCUCACGAAGGGGUCGGGAGGAGGGCCGGGCCCCGGCCCCCCCCCCGCCAGCCGCGUCCCCCGCGCCAGCUCUCGCCGAUACUACACGGAGGCACCUGGAUCAGUAUUAGUCUAUUUAUCAGAGCUGUAAAUAAUCCAUGUAUAGUUUUUCUCCUUUUAGAUUAUUUUGUAUUUGUUUAAAAAAAGUUUUGUCAAAAUAUAAAAUAUAAAGAAAUGACUGAAAGUUGUUGACAGGGUUUUAAAAAAAUUAUAAUUAUUCCAAUUGUUUUUUUGUUCGUUUGUUUUUUUUUUUUUUUGCAUUGUAAACUAGCGCCAAGGAACUGCAGCAAAUAAACUCCAGAU